AUGGCUCGUCGCCGUGGUGGUCCACCUGCAAAUACUCUCAGUCCUCCCGACGUGACGUUUCCAGGUGCUGGUACCAGUACAUCCCCCCCAGGCUCGCACUCUCCUCGUUCCGUCUCGCCUUCUGGUAGCUUCACACAGUUCCUCUCAAAACCCACGAAAUGGUUCAACCGCUCGAACUCUGCUAACACAAGCAGGACUUCAAUAAGCUCGAAUGAGCCAAGGGCCAGCACCAGCUCAAUCGGCCGCAAGCCCAAGAUAUCUCAUCCCACGGACCCUCGCCCGAUCUUGGAGAACUUGGGUCUAUUGCCGGAUAAGAGUGUGCAUGCAGGCAGCAGAUCCGUACUAGACUUGUCGCUCGCUAGCAAUUCGAUUGCCGCUGAUGACCACAUCAGAGUCCAUUCUUCUCGGACGCCUUCAUCGCCAUCACAGCCUGUAUUUUCCAGAGGACUUGGCGAUUUACGCAGUAUUUCCCGAAAACCGUGGUCCAAGUCUGCUGAUGACCUCGGCAAACUCUCUUCCCAAAUCUCAUCUCCUGUUCUGACGCCUAUUGAUACGACCUUUCAUGACAAGAUUGAUCAUUACAGGAAUAACCACGGAGGCAGCAUUGGCAGUAUGGCCAAUACGCAGUUUCCGUCCGGACCUGUACUAUCCAUGCAGAAGACUAUCCCCUUCCCCGUCAUAUCUCAACCCGAGACAGAGUCUCUGUCUCCUUCCCCGUCCCAACAACUCAGCAUCCAACUUUCCCCGCCUGCUGCCAACCCUUCAGGGACUGCUCUUACGCCUGUUGUCUCGAACACUAGCUCCCAUGUUCACUCGCGCUCACAUUCCUUCACGCCGCGACUGGCUUCGAAGCUUUCUUCCCCGAAGCUGAAUCUUCAGCCACCACCUAGCCCGAAGCGAAAGGGGUCUGGCUCCUCUGAUCGUCAAAUGGAAAAGGAGAAAGAGAAGAAACCUUCAGGAACGAGCGGAGGAUAUGGCUCUUCUCGCUCACCUUUCCCGUUGAAGCUCGGUAGCGGUGGAGGCAGUAAGGCUAUGUCUCCAGUUGCUGCGACGAUGGCUGAAGCCAUGGGUCAACCUCCAUCUCCCAUUGCUCUUACUCCUCCCAGGAUUGUCGAACCUGAGCCUGAACAGGAUUCAAAGAACGAGAAGCGGACGUCUCAGGUUGUGUAUCAUUCCGGUUUCGCCAACCGACUCAUAGACUUCUCUCCUGUCGCGAUGAACAUUCGCGCAACACACUCGUAUAUGCAUGGUGGUAGUGUGUCGACACUGUCGAAGGGAUGGAAACCGUACAAACUGGUGUUGAAGGGAUCCAAACUUUACUUCUAUAAACCUCCGAGCGAUCGAAGUGCCGCCGUGAAGGACCUGUUCCCUACGGAGCUGAUAACAGUCCUCGAGGAAGAGGGACUCAUAGACGGAGAUGUGAGCGAUUUGUUAGGCGACGAGAUGAAUGAGACCCAGGCUGGGAGAGGAGGAAAGGGAAGGGAUGACAUGCGGAGACGAAGAGCAUAUUGGGGCAGAGAUACCCAUCCUGCAUUGUUAACAGGCAGUACUGGUGUCGAGCAAGGCACGUUCGAGGCCCUCGUCCAUGAAAUGGUCUUUGCGACGACUUUCGCACACUCAUCUCCACCGACAUCGGACACCACGAGUUGUGUUCCUGAAAGACAGGCAGGUGUUCCAGGUACCGACAGAUCCAGCACGCCUGCUCAGAUCGAAGGGAUAGCCGCAGAAACGCCUCCAUCACGCUAUGAUCCGGGCUGGUGGGAUUUCGCGUCCACAGUGCUGCUCAGUUUACCGGUUUUGGUUGGCCGGGGGAAAUUCGAGGGGGAAUUCACUCGAUGCUGUGCCUAUCUGAUCAGCGGGGCUACUGAAGCCAUGAGAGUGGAGGAGAGCGGGAGAGUACGUUUGCUUGCGAGUCAAUAUCUCAACUAUCACGGCAACGCUUUGAAUCGCGACUCUUGGGAGGCGUGGCGUAUGGAGACCAUUCCAGACUUCCCUGCGGAUUACGAAGUGGCUUCGCGACUUGCAGGUCUUUCACAAACCUCUUCAAUGCAGGCCUUGUAUACGCCGAGUCCCCAACUCGACUCGACGUCUGCGGGUCAGUCUGACUUCUCUCCAGAUCUUGACGCUUUCUCCCCGCGACCAGAUGCCACUAGCAAAAUGAUGUCUAUCGUCGAAGCGCUAGGCGAGUCGCCGUCUUUGGCACAUCUCACUCAACGGCCCCAGCCAAGUUCCUCUUUCUCAGAAUUCCGCAGUACAUUGGAUAGAGAUGGCCUGACGCGUGACGUUCUCGUUCGACUAGACACGCAGCUACUCGCUCGAAGCCUGUCGGUCUUCCACCUCAGGGCACUCAGCCAAGUUCCUAGCGAUUUCACGGCGGAGCUGUGUUUCGGGCUGAAUGGCGCGCAAAAUGCCGACGAACCUGAGUCCGAGUCCUCCGUGGAUAGUCCGCCCACUGGAUUGAGUCAUUUCCUUGGAAACGAUGAAGAUCCCCAUUGGCUCACCAAGAUGAUACUGUUCCAAGUGUUAGUUCCCGAGUCUGGUAUCCACAGUGCAGCACCGGCCGCAUCCUCGCACUUAUCCGACACUCGACAUGCUCCUACUUCUCGCACGCAUACUCGCUCUGAGGUCAUUUCUGCUUGGGCAAGAGUUGGAGAAGUUUGUCGACGCACGGGUGACGAAUGCUCCUGGCGGGCGAUAUUUUCCGCUUUGUGUUCUAGGCCCAUCGCGCGAUUAGAGAAGGUCUGGAGCCGUGUAGAUUCGGAUGCCAUCUCUGUUGUUCAGUCGUGGAUUCAGCUUAAUGAGAAGGGCGAUAGUUUCCAACAGAGCGUAUCAGUCAGCAUUCCUUGGGCAGGUGAAGCACAAUACAAGAUCAGGACAGUUCUGGAGCAAGCACGAUGCAACGACGGAGAGGAGUGGAAAGUCGGUCCGCUUUCAAUCGCUCGCCAGAAGUUCGAGGCGCUCCGCACUACGUUCUCCCUCUGCAUGGGACGGGCGGUCCCAAACCACCAAGGAGAUUUAGAUGGCGUUGAAUCUCUGGCGGCAGUCUGGCGGCGGUCCAGAGACGGCGAAAGUAUCAGUGCUAUGGCUUCGAAGUUUGUUCGAAUCGACCAGUUCAUGUCUUUGUCUCUCGCUGCGGAACCACGACGAAAAGGCUUGUUUGAACCUUUCUAUUGGACUCGUCCCGCCCAGCAACCGUCCCAGACGCUCACUGCUGUGCUCUUCCCCGAACCUCUACCCACAGUAGCGUUUAUCAAUAGGGAUCUGAUAUCGCGUGGUCGUCUCGAGAGUAGCGCUAGUGUAAAUGUGCAAGACUUACAGAAUAUGCGAGAAGUCUGGGCGAACGCUGGGGGGACUAGCACUAUGAGAACGCAGAAGCCAAGAGUAAAUGCCAUCGAUCUUGGCGGAACCAUGCUUCCUGUGUACGAUGGGGAACUUCUUCUUCUGGUCCAGCCGCUUGCAGAGGGCUCAACAUCGUCUCGCCCUCCGUCUAGAGCACCAUCUCGACCGCCUAGUGCGGUAGCAGAGUCGACGUCGUCGGAAAAGCCCCUCAAUCGCAACCCGUCUAUCCGCGUUUCUCCAGGCACUUCUCAUGGUCUUGAUCGCAAGCCAAGCGCACUCCGCCGCAAUUCGCUCCCCUCACUUUCUCAGAGGACCAGUCUUGUAGGCCCCGAAGUGAGUUCCGACAAGCCUCUCCGAGUAGUUGUCCAGGCAGGCACUCUGGACCGCCUAGUUGACGUCCUCGUUCACGGCCUUCAAGGCGUAUCUGUCGCGGUAUCGGACGACAAUGGAGAGAUGCCCCUCACAGAUACUAAGACGAGAGAAGUCAAAGUCGACAUGGACGACUUCUCGAACGUCUGGUGGAAUGGAUAUAGAAGCUUCAUGACCCCACAAAUUUUGUUUGAGUUUUUGCGCAAACGGUAUCUGAGUGCCCGUCUGACUCCCUCGCCAUCGCUUGCUGCCAUUAAUGGGGUUGUCCGCUUACGAUCAGAGGUCCUGGAUACCAUGACUGAAUGGAUGACUCGAGGCAGUGGCGCGCAGGAUGUGCUAGAUGAUCUUCAGCUUUAUAAUUCCUUUCGCGCUUUCCUUAAUCAACCUCUAGACCACGAUCUGACGCAAAUGAUAUCAGCAGAUGACGAGUCUGGCCGCCGCGCUAUAGCAUCCCUUGAUCAAAUUAGGACAGCAUUAUACUCGUCUUUCGUCACCCAAACCUUAAGACCUAGCAGGACAGCUUCGUCUGACUCUACUCUGGAAGGAUCAGAAAAGCGGAACUUUGGCUCCGAGAUUCCAAAUAUCGACGAGAUCGACGCCGAAGAACUCGUCAAGAACAUGGAUGCUAUGGUUUCUGCGGCAUUCCGUAAUGUCAACCAGGAGGACCUCUUUGUGAUUGCAGAUCUACUGGAAGUCCAGUCCGCAGAUCGUACUGGCUGGUUCCUACCAAGAGAGCCUAGUUCCAUCGCGGACGAAGUAGAGAUCCAGUCUAUGAACUCUUAUAUCGUGCAGAUUGAACCGUCGAGCAUGAUCUCAGAGCUCACCCAGGAUUCACUCUAUCGUCUCCUGCCACCCUCCAUUCGAAGUUGUAUUAGAACCUUCGGUAUUUUGCGCAAGUGGUUGAUCUCGAAGCUUGUAGCGCCCAAGAUUGGACUUCAUGCUCGUCAGGUCAGGAUGGAACUAAUGCUUCGUGCCAUUGAGGUUUGCCGUCUGCGGAAUGCAGAAUCUACCUCAACUUCGCUAUCCCUCGCGUCACGUCCAUGCGUCCGAUCUUCGGUGGAAGCAAUCGUCACGUCAGCAGUCCUGAGCGUGGAAAGUCGCCUUCACUAUCGCGCGUGGCAGAAUGUUGCAAUUGCUCGUGGUGUAACUUGUGAAGCAUUGACGUCCCUGUUGAGCAGAUCAGCGAUACGUUCUAUCAGUUCCAGAGGGGUGUUAACGGUGGAUGUAGGCUGGAUUUUCGAGCGUAUGCUAGAAAUAAUCAGCACUCCAGACGUAUUGGAGUCUUCCAACGCGGAAAGUACCGGCCUCGUAAAUUUCGACAAACGCAGAUCUCUACAUACAUUGAUUACGAGCACAUCUAAUUCCAAUACAACCCGUAGGCUUCGACGCCGUCAACUAGAUCGCCGCGAUUAUGAGCGUCUGAAUAGCAUCGAAAAGGAGUCAGCAGCUCUUCAAUUUGAUCUGCGGAGCAUUCGUGAGGAAGCAUAUCGUGAAGCUACGCAGGCCGGACCUCUGGGCUCGAAAAAGAACUAUCGGCCAUUCCAACUUGUAGUCAUGCUUCAACAGGAGAAGAUCAAACGAGAUCGCCAUCUGCGUGAUCGACUUAGCAGGGAGAAGAGGCAAGAGCAAUUACGCAACGACAAGCGAGAGGAAUAUCUGAACAAGGCUAUGAACGUUCGGAAGCAGGUCCCAGUUUCCCAGAAGCAGCAUAGGAACAAAAAGAGCAUGUCAUCUGCGUUCUUCCAAUUCAUGCGACCCAUCUCCAGCGCAUUCUCGUCGGAAAGCCUUUCUUCUCCCGCAAAGCGUACACCUGCAGAGCUGGACUUCAUCCCUAACCACAAGCCCUCUCUCGUUCUGAGCGUCGUGGACGCCAGAGUUGCGCAGUUCGUCAAUACUGAGCGCUCGUUCACCUUCCAGUUGGAUACAGAGGAUGGGGGACACUAUCUUCUCCAGGCGAUCAACAAGCCUGACAUGAAGAAAUGGAUGGAUACGAUUCAACAUGUUUCAAAAGUGACUGCGAAGCGUCGACUGACGUACCUCGGACAGAACUCCAAGAUGCAACUUUCUGAUCAUCUUUUAGGGCAGACCGUCGCAGCGUCAGAAGAUCCAAGAGCAGUGUUCGGAGUUGAGCUGGACAUUCUCCUCCAGCGCGAAGCGGAGAAUGGCGAAGUCCAACCUGGUGCGAUCCCUACAGUACUGGAGCGUUUGAUCUGUGAGGUCGAAAGCCGAGGUCUGACGGAGAUUGGGAUCUAUCGUAUUGCAGGCGCCCAUUCGGAAGUCAACGCAUUCAAGGAUGCACUCAAUCGAGGAGAAUGGCCUAUCACCUCUAAUACCGAUAUACAUGCUGUCUGUGACCUCAUCAAAUCCUGGUUCCGCGUUCUACCUGGAGGAAUCUUCUCGGCGUCCUCGUACAACGAGAUUCUGCAGGCUGUUGCACUCGAUGGUACCGAUCUCUCUGAAAGACUGUCCGGCAUUCGGAAGGUCGUUCAUGCCCUGCCUGGUGCCAAUUUCGAUCUUCUGAAACGUAUUGUAGAGCAUCUCGAGAAAGUUACAGACUACGAGGAAAAUAAUCAGAUGACGGCAGAGUCGCUGGCUACGGUGUUCAGUCCUAACCUUCUCCGCUCACCAAAUAACGAUAUCAGUGUGUUUUUCGCCAACAUGAGCGCAGGUCAUCGGGUUACGAAGCUUCUUAUCGCUCAUUUCCAUAGCAUCUUCGACACCGACAUUGAUCAAGAGGCGGAAGCCGACGUCGAGCCCGACCUUGACGGAGAGCAGGAACCAGAGCAAGACGAGUGCUAUCUAGACGAACCCAUUCCUGAAGAGGACGAAGACGUAGAAUCGGAUGUUCUCGUCGGCGACGAAGAUGAGGAUGAAGACGUGGAAGAUGACAACGAUGCUAAAUCUUCCAACGCUGACGACAGCCUACUCAAGGUCUCUGCGGACCCUCCCGUGCUCGACAUCAAUCUCGGUAGCCCCCACUCUCUCUCAUUCUCUGUGACUUCGUGA